GCAAACCCUUCGACCCCCGCACGUUCCUUGUCCAUGCUAUUGCAAAUAUCAUUUGUGCCGUUGUUUUUGGUCAUCGCUUCUCGAGUGAGGACGAAUCUUUCGGCAAGCUCAUCAAAGCUGUGUAUUUUGUCAUCUACUCCCAAGCUACGAUCUGGGGCAGGAUGUACGAUGCUUUCCCAUGGCUAAUGCACCAUCUCCCAGGACCUCAUCAGGAAGUGUUUGCAUACAGUGACUUCAUGCACCAUUUGGUUACAAAUGAGGUCCAGGCUCACGAGAGACACACCACCGGUGAUCCACAGGACCUCAUUGACUUCUACCUAGCUCAAAUAACAAAAACCAAAGAUGACCCUACUUCUACGUUUAAUAAAGACAAUAUGGUUCAGACUGUGGUUGAUCUGUUGCUGGGAGGGACGGAAACAACAAGCACCACCCUUCUCUGGGCACUGCUCUAUAUGGUGCAAUAUCCAGAAAUACAAGAAAAGGUUCAAAGAGAGAUAGAGGAUGUUCUGGAACCCUCUCAUCUCAUCAGCUAUGAAGACCGUAAAAAGCUGCCAUAUACAAAUGCUGUGAUUCACGAGGCUUUGCGGUACAGCAACGUUACUUCUGUUGGGGUCCCUCGAAAAUGCGUGAGGAAUACAACUUUGCUGGGUUUUCACAUUAAAAAGGGCACGCUCGUAUUGCCAAACCUGCACUCUGCUGUGUAUGACCCUGAGCAUUGGGCGACCCCUUGGAAGUUCAACCCAAACCAUUUCCUUGAUUUGGAUGGCAACUUUGUGAACAAAGAGGCAUUCUUACCUUUCUCAGCAGGGCACCGCGUGUGUUUGGGGGAGCAGAUGGCACGAGUGGAACUGUUCAUCUUCUUUACCAAUCUACUUCGGGCAUUCACAUUUCAGCUCCCUGAGGGAGUAAAGGAAAUCAAUUUGGAGUACGUUUUGGGUGCAAUACUGCAGCCACAUCCGUAUAAACUCUGUGCUAUUCCACGUCAGUCUGCAACAUGCCGCAGUGCAGAGGAACUGUGA